AUGGCAGCGCCGUCGCAGCUCCUGAUCCGCGGGGGUCGCGUGGUCAACGACGACUUCUCGCAGGUGGCCGACGUCCUGGUGGAGGACGGCGUGGUGCGGGCGCUCGGCCCAGACCUGCUGCCGCCCGGGGAUGCGCCCGCCGGACUGCGGGUCCUCGACGCUCGCGGCAAGCUCGUCUUGCCCGGCGGCAUCGACACGCACACGCACAUGCAGUUCCCCUUCAUGGGCUCGCGGUCCGUCGACGACUUCCACCAGGGCACCAAGGCUGCUCUGGCAGGAGGCACCACGAUGAUCAUCGAUUUUGCCAUUCCUCAGAAAGGUGGCUCCCUCAUCGAGGCCUUCGAGACCUGGAGAGGCUGGGCUGACCCCAGAGUCUGCUGCGACUACAGCCUUCACGUGGCAGUGACGUGGUGGAGCGACCAGGUUAAAGAAGAAAUGAAAAUUCUUACCGAAGAUAAAGGUGUUAACUCUUUCAAGAUGUUUAUGGCCUAUAAGGAUCUGUAUAUGGUGAGAGACAUCGAGCUCUAUGUGGCCUUCUCUCGGUGCAAGGAAAUUGGAGCAAUUGCUCAGGUCCAUGCAGAAAAUGGAGACUUAAUUGCAGAGGGGGCAAAGAAGAUGUUGGCAUUGGGGAUAACCGGCCCUGAGGGCCAUGAGCUGUGCCGCCCAGAAGCAGUGGAGGCAGAGGCCACACUGAGAGCCAUCACCAUAGCCAGCGCCGUCAGCUGCCCCCUCUACAUCGUGCAUGUGAUGAGCAAGUCCGCAGCAAAGGUGAUAGCGGAUGCAAGGAGAGAUGGGAAGGUGGUCUAUGGAGAACCCAUAGCAGCAAGUCUUGGCACAGACGGCACUCACUACUGGAAUAAAGAAUGGCACCAUGCGGCCCACCAUGUCAUGGGUCCACCCCUGCGGCCAGACCCCUCAACGCCUGAUUUCCUCAUGAAUCUAUUGGCUAACGAUGAUCUAACCACAACAGGGACUGACCACUGCACCUUCAACACCUGCCAGAAAGCUCUUGGGAAGGAUGAUUUUACAAAGAUUCCCAAUGGGGUAAAUGGUGUUGAGGACCGGAUGUCAGUAAUAUGGGAAAAAGGCGUGCAUAGUGGUAAAAUGGAUGAAAACCGAUUUGUGGCAGUUACCAGCACAAAUGCAGCUAAAAUCUUUAAUCUCUAUCCAAGAAAAGGAAGAAUAGCUGUAGGAUCAGAUGCUGACAUUGUGAUUUGGGAUCCAAAAGCCACAAGGACAAUUUCUGCAAAAACCCAUCAUCAGGCUGUGAACUUCAACAUCUUUGAGGGCAUGGUUUGCCAUGGGGUGCCUCUUGUGACUAUCUCAAGAGGCAAAGUGGUGUAUGAAGCUGGAGUUUUCAAUGUCAUGGCAGGAGAUGGGAAGUUUAUUCCUCGCAAACCAUUUGCUGAAUAUAUUUACAAACGAAUCAAGCAGAGAGACCAGACUUGCACACCUACCCCUGUGGAGCGCGCACCCUAUAAGGGAGAAGUUAUCACCCUGAAAUCCGAAGGGACAAAAGAAGAAUGCACAGCUGGGACCAGGAAACAGGCUCACCCCUGA